AACAGUUUUGUUUUGAUUGUUGUGCUCAGUUUUUGUUUGUGAAAGAAGAAAACGUGACAUUAGAAAUUUAUAAUAAUAACUAUGUUUCGUCGCGGUAAAUUAUCGUUUUUGAAUACCAAAGAUGAUCGCAUUAAGAUAAUCAAUGAACGCAUUAAUCUUACCGAACGACAUUUAAUGGAAAUGUGCUCUGCAUUUUCAUUGUUGACACGGAAAAUGGCCAAAUAUCGCGAUGCACACGAUGAGCUGGCCAAGAAUAUUAAAAACUAUGCAGAUGACGAGGAAAUCAAUGAGAGUUUGUGUAAUGGAUUAAAGAGUUUCACAAAUGCGGUGACCAUAACGGGAGAUUACAUGGACAUUAAUGUACACAGAAUGGAGUUGAAGAUUAUCAAUGAACUGGCACAUUUUGAGCAACUUUGUAAAUCGACUCGGGAUAAUCUUCGUCUGGCCGUCAUCGCGAGGGACAAGGAGGUGCUCAGUCAGCGUCAAAUGCUCGAACUCAAGUCCAAGUUUUCAGCUAAUAAUAGCGCAGCGGACUCGGAGUUGUUCAAGGCGAAGAUGGAGGUGCAACGCACCAACAAGGAGAUCGAUGAGAUUAUUAGCAACUUUGAGCAACGUAAAUUGCGGGAUGUUAAACAGAUUCUCAGCGAUUUCAUCUUGAUCUCCAUGAAGCAACAUACAAAGGCACUGGAGGUGCUCAGCGCCAGUUACUAUGAUGUGUGCAGCAUCGAUGAACGUGACGAUUUCCUAGAGUUCCAGAAACUAAUGAAAUGCAAGGAGGAUCCUGCAACGCGCAAGGCCUCGCUGAAGAAGGGACUGCGUUCCCAAUCCAUGGACAGUUUGGAGCGUGAGCAUUUGAAGAGUCCGCUGAAGCGUCAUCAGAAAUUGUCCAAGAGCACCAAGAAUCUAACGGGUGGCGGCAUAGGACACUCCAGCAAACCCGAGCAGAGCGAGGAGGACGAAAGCGAUGGCGAAGAGGAGGAGGCGGAGACCGAACAAAGCGGCGAAGAGGAAGAGGAGGCAACUGGCAGCGGCUCCGAUGAUGAAGCUGAACAGGAGACGCCACGCACUCCACGCGAGAAUGUCUUUGGCGCUAAGUUGCGUGGCAAGGAGUCGACCAGUGCAUCCUCAACGGGAACACCGCUGAAACCAGUGAGGCAGAGUGUCAAGCAUCCGUUUAAGGCCGUGGCAGCCACACAUGUGGAAAACCGCGACGCCUCAACCCCUCACCCACAAGCGUUACGGACAGCGGUAAGGAAACAAAGGGGCGCGAGAACAGCAACAGGAGGGGCAGCUGGAGGUCGUGGCAUGGUAACCGUUGUUGAAUCGAAGCGCUUCUGAAAAUUUGAAUUACAGUUUGACAAGCUCUGGUUCGUGUGUACAAUUUUUUUCUUUAAUUACAAUAAAAACUAAAAGGCAAAAAUUCAAAAUUUGUUGCCUUGCACAAUCAAA